AUGGCGGAGGACGGGCCGCAGAAGCAGCAGCUGGACAUGCCGCUGGUCCUGGACAAGGACCUGACCAAGCAGAUGCGGCUGCGCGUGGAGAGCCUGAAGCAGCGUGGGGAGAAGCGCCAGGACGGCGAGAAGCUGCUGCGGCCGGCGGAGUCCGUGUACCGCCUCGACUUCAUCCAGCAGCAGAGGCUGCAGUUCGAGCGCUGGAACGUGGCGCUGGACAAGCCCGGCAAGGUCACCAUCACCGGCACCUCGCAGAACUGGACGCCCGACCUCACCAACCUCAUGACGCGCCAGCUGCUGGACCCCGCUGCCAUCUUCUGGCGCAAGGAGGACUCGGACGCCAUGGAUUGUAACGAGGCCGAUGCCCUGGAGUUCGGGGAGCGCCUGUCGGAUUUGGCCAAGAUCCGCAAGGUCAUGUACUUCCUCAUCACCUUUGGUGAAGGGCUGGAGCCUGCUGACCUCAAGGCCUCCGUGGUGUUCAGCCAGCUCUGA